UUACAGAAAGUGGGUGCAAAGAAGAAAACCAUUCACCAGUACAUUCUGGAGAACUGCGACCGUUUGCCGAGCAUCAGAGAUGUUCAUAAUUUACUCCGGACGCUGAAAACCAAGGAGUUCGACAACACAACCAGGGUACAGCGCUUAAAGAAAUGCAUGACGGACUUCAGCGAACAACCAGGCAACAUAGCUAGGAUUUUCACAGAGGUCAUCAACGGUAAGAAACUAGCAACUUGUCUUACCCUGCAGACCGAACGUAUGCGCGACACGUUUUCACGGUUCUCGGAAGUGCUUUUGAUCGAUGCGACGCACGGCACUAACGAAUCGAAGUACAAAGUGUUUUCGUUCAUGGCGCAUGACGUAUUUGGGAAAGGCUAG